UUUUUUUAUUUUUUUUUUUAAUUUUUUUUGCACACAAAAACAAUAAACAUUUUCUAAAAAUACAUACAAAAAGAUGCGUAUCAAACAUAUUAGGAAGGUUGCACAUGGGAAGUCGGGGAAUAGAAAUGGGGGGUGGGAGUUAAAAUAAAUGAGAGAGGGACUUUAUACGGAUCAGCGAUAAUAACUCAAUCCUCUAUUUGACAAAGAAGAGGGAGAAGGAAGAGGAAGAAAAAGAAAGUGGGAUAAAGGAUCAGAAAGGGAGGAAAAUAGAAAAAAUUAGAGUAUGACUCCAGGGUAGACCUGUUUUGUUGUCACUGAGUUGGUUGGUUGGUUUGUCUGAUGUAUUUUUCAUGUUUCGCCAAGUUGGCCAGACUGGUCUCGAACUCCUAGCCCGAAGUAAUCAACCCACCUCGCCCCCCAGAGUGCCGGGACCACAGGCGUGAGCCACCACGUCCAGCCCCCACAUUGCUUCUGGCCUCCGUGGUAGACCUCCCAGACGGGGCGGCCAGGCAGAGACGCUCCUCACUUCUUCCCAGACGAUAGGUGGCUGGGCAGAGGUGCUCCUCACUUCCCAGACGAUGGGUGGUCGGGCAGAGGCGCUCCUCACUUCCCAGACGGUGGGUGGCCGGCCGGGCAGAGGCGCUCCUCACUUCCCAGACCGGGCGGCUGGCCGGGCAGAGGCGCUCCUCACCUCCCAGACGAUGGGUGGCCGGGCAGAGGCGCUCCUCACCUCCCAGACGAUGGGUGGCCGGGCAGAGGCGCUCCUCGCUUCCUCCCGGACGGGGCGGCCGGGCAGAGGCGCUCCUCGCUUCCGAGACGGGGCGGCCGGGCAGAGGCGCUCCUCACUUCCCAGACGAUGGGUGGCCGGGCAGAGGCGCUCCUCACUUCCCAGACGGGGCGGCCGGGCAGAGGCGCUCCUCACUUCCCAGACGGGGUGGCCGGGCAGAGGCGCUCCUCACUUCCCAGACGAUGGGUGGCCGGGCAGAGACGCUCCCCACCUCCCAGACGGGGCGGCGGCCGGGCAGGGGCUGCAAUCCCAGCACCCUGGUAGGCCAAGGCAGGCGGCUGGGAGGCGGAGGCUGCCGCGAGGCCAGACCACGCCACCGCACUCCAGCCCGGGCAACACCGAGCACCGGGUGAGCGAGACUCCGUCUGCAGUCCCAGCACCUCGGGAGGCUGAGGCGGACAGAGCACUCGGCGUCAGGAGCUGGCGACCAGCGUGGCGAAGAUGGCGAACGCGUGCUGCGCAGCCAAAGGAGAAAAAGCAGGCAGCGGUGGCACGCGCCGGCAGUCCCAGGAAGUCAGCUGCCAUGUCAUGAGGACACUCAAGCAGAUCUAUGAAGACGACUACAUGGCAAGAAAGUAAGGCCUCCUGCCCACAACAGCCACGUGGGUGAGCCAUCUUGGAAGUGGCUCCUCCAGUCCCAGUCAGGUCUUUGGAUGACUGCAGCCUCAGCCAACAUCUUGACUGCAACUGCAUGUGAGACCGUGAACUAGAACCGUACAGCUAAGCCACUCAGAAUUCCCGACCCCAGAAACCGUGAG